AUGGAGAUGCUUGGAGGGAAUAAUUUGUUGGCAUACGCCGAUGACAUCGUUAUUCUUGGAGAAUCUAAACCUGAGUUAACAAGUACUAUAAAUUUGUUAAAAAAUAGUGAAAAAAUGGGACUCCGAGUUAAUGAAAGCAAAAAAAAAUUUAUGAUUAUUACGAGAAAGUCGACAGUUAUGCAAUGUCUCAGGAUUGGACAAUACUUAUUUGAACAAGUUGAAGAUUUUAAAUAUUUGGGGACUAGAUUGACUGGCCAUGUAUGGAGGGAAAAGGAUAAGCUAAUUCAUAAUGUACUAAUCAAUAAGCCCAACGGCAAGAGGCCAAGAGGAAGGCCCCGCCAGCGAUGGCUUGAUAAAGUAAAUAAAGAUCUGGAAAGCUUGGGAACGACAAAAAUUGAAGAUGCGGAUGAUUGGGAACUAUGGGGAAAUGAGGUAAAAGCAGCAAAAGGCCUUCAAGGUUUGUAA